GUCAGGGGGCUGGGCCGGCCUCCCAGUGUGUCUGCGGCCGCCGGCCUCUCUUCCGGAACUGGAGGCGACCCCGGCCCGAAGCCCCCCAUCAUCAGCCUCUCGUCCCUGACCGGGGCAUGAGGCGGUGACGGAGCCCGGGGGCGCCGCGCGGGGCCUGAGGAGGAGGAGUGCAGGGAGGAGUCUGUCUGAGUCAGUAUGUGUGCGUCGGUCAAGUACAACAUCCGGGGUCCUGCCCUUAUCCCAAGAAUGAAGACUAAGCACCGUCUCUACUAUAUCACGCUCUUCUCAGUUGUUUUACUAGGCCUCAUUGCCACUGGCGUGUUCCAGUUUUGGCCCCAUUCCAUCGAGUCUUCAAGUGACUGGACAGUGGAGAAGCGCAGUGUCCACGAUGUGCCAGUGGUCAAACUGCCCGCUGACAGCCCCAUCCCAGAGCGGGGAGACCUCAGCUGCCGAAUGCAUACCUGCUUUGAUGUCUACCGCUGUGGUUUCAACCCGAAGAACAAAAUCAAGGUGUAUAUCUACUCACUGAAAAAGUAUGUCGAUGACUUUGGGGUACCAGUCAGCAACACCAUUUCCCGGGAGUACAAUGAGCUGCUCACAGCCAUUUCAGACAGUGAUUUCUACACAGAUGACAUCAACCGGGCCUGCCUCUUUGUGCCAUCUAUAGACGUGCUCAACCAGAAGACGCUGCGCAUUAAGGAGACGGCACAGGCAUUAGCCCAACUUGCCAGGUGGGAUCGAGGCACAAAUCAGCUAUUGUUCAAUAUGUUACCUGGGGAACCUCCAGAUUAUAAUACGGCCCUGGAUGUUCCCAGAGACAGGGCUCUUCUGGCUGGCGGUGGCUUCUCCACAUGGACCUAUCGCCAAGGCUAUGAUGUCAGCAUUCCUGUCUAUAGCUCCCUGUCAGCUGAGGUGGAUCUACCAGAGAGAGGACCAGGCCCCAGGAGGUAUUUUCUUCUGUCAUCGCAGAUGGCUCUUCAUCCUGAAUACCGCUCAGACCUGGAGGCCCUCCAAGCCAAGCAUGGGGAGUCGGUGCUAGUCCUGGAGAAGUGUACCAAUCUCUCCGAGGGCGUCCUUUCCACACGCAAACGAUGCCACAAGGACCAGGUCUUUGAUUACCCGCAAAUCCUGCAGGAGGCUUCUUUCUGCGCGGUCCUUCGUGGAGCCCGGCUGGGCCAGGCGGCUCUGAGUGAUGUUCUUCAGGCUGGCUGUGUCCCAGUCAUCGUCGCCGAUUCCUACAUCCUGCCCUUUUCGGAGGUUCUGGACUGGAAGAGGGCAUCUGUGGUUAUACCUGAGGAGAAAAUGCGAGAGAUGUACAGUGUGCUGCGGAGCAUCCCCCAGAGGCAGAUUGAGGAAAUGCAAAGACAGGCAAGAUGGUUCUGGGAAGCCUACUUCCAGUCAAUGAAAUCUAUUGCCAUGGCCACCCUUCAGAUCAUCAAUGACCGCAUCUACCCCUAUGCUGCCAUCUCUUAUGAAGAGUGGAAUGAUCCUCCCGCUGUUAAAUGGAGCAGUGUGAGCAAUCCUUUGUUCCUUCCACUGAUCCCGCCACAGUCCCAGGGUUUCACUGCCAUUGUCCUCACCUAUGAUCGUGUGGAGAGCCUCUUCAGAGUCAUCACGGAGGUAUCUAAGGUGCCCAGCCUCUCAAAGCUGUUAGUUGUCUGGAACAAUCAGAAUAAAAACCCUCCAGAAGAUUCUCUUUGGCCCAAGAUCCGCGUUCCUUUGAAAGUCGUGAGAACAGCUGAAAACAAACUGAGUAAUCGUUUUUACCCGUAUGAUGAAAUCGAAACAGAAGCAGUGCUUGCUAUUGAUGAUGACAUCAUCAUGCUGACUGCUGAUGAGCUGCAGUUUGGUUAUGAGGUUUGGCGUGAGUUUCCUGACAGACUGGUGGGAUACCCAGGCCGCCUGCACCUCUGGGACCAUGAGAUGAGCAAGUGGAAGUAUGAGUCGGAGUGGACCAAUGAAGUAUCCAUGGUACUCACGGGAGUAGCUUUUUACCACAAGUAUUUUAAUUACCUGUACACUUACAAAAUGCCUGGAGACAUCAAGAACUGGGUGGACGCCCACAUGAACUGCGAGGACAUCGCCAUGAAUUUCUUGGUGGCCAAUGUUACAGGCAAAGCUGUCAUUAAGGUGACUCCACGUAAAAAGUUCAAAUGUCCUGAAUGCACAGCCAUCGAUGGGCUCUCCCUGGACCAGACACAUAUGGUGGAAAGGGACUUUGUGAUCCAGCAACAUUGGCUUUCUAACCAUCCUGCAUACAUGACAUCUCAUGUCCUGACUGCCUGGAGUGCCCUCUCUCCUCGUCACCUCCUCAUUUCCCUGACUUCCCUCCAGACUCAGCUUCAACCCCACCUUCUACAGGAGGCUUUUUCUGGUCCUGUCACCCCUCUCCCACUGCCAGGGCCUUCCCCUGAAAUGACCUUCUACCUGCUGUAUCUGAAUGCAUCAACAAAUUUGCCUCUGUCUUUGGGACCAUGCCCCUCAAAGUGGUAGAGCACCGAGCUGACCCAGUCCUCUAUAAAGACGACUUCCCGGAAAAGCUGAAGAGCUUCCCCAACAUUGGCAGCUUGUGAAAGAUGUGACUGCCAGAGGACCACGUGUUGAAAAGAAGCAGGGGACUCAGUGCUCCGGGGGCCAGGGUACCUGGGCAAGGGCUCUCGAGGGGGGCUUUGACCUCCCAAAUAUGGGAGUAUAGUAAUCACCUUUCCUCUCUUCCCCCAGAAGGUAGGCAUUAUGGGCUCUGGUGAACCCAUUGAACAAUGCAGAAUGGAAGGCUGGGUCCAUAGCGUCUAUAUUUCCUGCAGACUGAAAUUCCAAGACCUCUGACUUGUUGUGACUGCCUGUCUAUUCUGGCCUUAGCACAUUUGAGACAUUGCCUGCCUACAGUUCUUAGCCUAAGGAAAUCAUGAAAAAAAAAGCAUCCCCAUCUCACUUUUACUUUUUCCAAAUCAGUAGGCUCUUUGGGGAAAAGAAAAACCUGACUUGGGUUCACAUACCAAACAGCAGAUCAUGAUUUAUAGAUGAUGCAUUGGCUGCAACCUAGAGUUGUGGGACUUGGUUCAAGAGGAGCAGCUUGAGGUCCCUUGCGUACCAUGUACCAUUGUUCCUUGGUCUGGCUUUUUAAUAUAAUUAAAUUUUAUUUUUUACCUUUU